AUGUCUUCCAGAAAACAAAAAACUAAAAGAGCUCAUAAGCUAUCCGAUGAAUCCAAUAAGAGCGCAUUUGUUAAGGAUACAAUAUUCUCAGCUCACUGUCUUGUGGAAAAUUCAGCAGAUAACAUUGAGGCAAUGAUAAAACUGCUUAAAUGUAAUCAAAAAUGUAAUCAAAUAUCAGUAAUAAGUCAAGAAAAAAUGGAUGCAUCUGAGGAAAGGCUAAGCACAGCUACAGAAAAAAUAAAAAUUUAUCAAGAAGACAAAUUCAUCAUCAGAAGAUGGCAGUUGAAGAACAGUCGAAAGAUUAUUUUGCUGAUAGAAUACAUCUUAGGAAAUCAUUAA